AUGGCUUGCGAGGACAGCACGGCUUGCGAGGACAGCACGGCUUGCGAGGACAGCACGGCUUGCGAGGACAGCACGGCUCGCGAGGACAGCACGGUAUGCGAGGACAGCACGGCUUGCGAUGACAGCACAGCUUGCGAGGACAGUACAGCUUGCGAGGACAGCGCAGCUUGCGAGGACAGCACAGCUUGCGAGGACAGCACAGCUUGCGAGGACAGCACAGCUUGCGAGGACGGCACAGCUUGCGAGGAUGGCACAGCUUACAAAGACGGCACAGCUUGCGAGGACAGCACAGCUUGCGAGGACAGCACAGCUCGCGAGGACAACACAGGUUGCGGGGACAGCACAGCUUGCGUGGACAGCACAGGUUGCGAGGACAGCACAGCUUGCGAGGACAGCACGGCUUGCGAGGACAGCACAGCUUGCGAAGACAGCACAGCUUGCGAGGACAGCAUAGCUUGCGAGGACAGGACAGCUUGCGAGGACAGCACAGCUUGUGAGGAUGGCUCAGCUUGCGAGGACGGCACAGCUUGCGAGGACGGCACAGCUUGCAAGGACAUCACAGCUUGCGAGAACAGCUCAACUUGA